GUCAGCUGGCGUUCUGCGGGGCGCGGCUUGGAGGGGAGAGGAGAGUCCCAGCGCCGCGAGGACGGUCCGGCUCGUCCGGCUCCCCCUUCUCAGUGUGCUUCCUUUGCCCUUUGCGGCUGGCGGCCAUCGCGAACCCGAAAGAGUGAGCACCCCAAGAAGCUGCUGCCCGCAGCGAAGGUGGGAGUGGAGCAGGUGAAGUGAGGCCUGCCCGGAGUUGAGUAUCCCUGGCCGGAGAAAGCAAUAUGUCAGUGUAUUUGAUAAGAAGAACAGAAUCCUAGGCUAUAAAGUAAUUUUCCCAGGCCAUUUAUUAAACUGUUUUCAAUCGAUUUGAAAAUGAGUAAGUGCAAGAAGCCUCCAGUUCAACAGUUAUCAAGUUCUGAAACCUUUAGCCCAGAUGUUGUUGCUGACAUUUUUGAACUUUUUGCCAAGAACUUUUCUUACUGCAAGCCACUUAAUAAUGAGUGGCAGUUACCAGACCCCAGUGAGAUUUUCACCUGUGACCACACAGAAUUUAAUGCAUUUCUUGAUUUGAAGAAUUCCCUAAAUGAAGUAAAAAACCUCCUGAGUGAUAAGAAACUAGAUGAGUGGCACGAGCACACUGCUUUCACUAACAAAGCAGGAAAAAUUAUUUCUCAUGUACGAAAGUCUGUGAAUGCUGAACUUUGUACUCAAGCAUGGUGUAAAUUCCAUGAGAUUUUGUGUAGCUUCCCACUUAUUCCACAGGAAGCUUUUCAUACCGGAAAACUGAAUUCUCUACAUCUUUGUGAGGCUCCUGGAGCUUUUAUAGCUAGUCUCAAUCACUAUUUAAAGUCACAUCAUUUCCCUUGUGAUUGGAGUUGGGUAGCUAACACUCUGAAUCCAUACCAUGAAGCAAAUGACAAUCUGAUAAUGAUUAUGGAUGACCGGCUUAUUGCAAAUACCUUACACUGGUGGUACUUUGGUCCAGAUAACACUGGUGAUAUCAUGACCCUGAAAUACCUGACUGGACUUCAGGAUUUCCUAAGCAACAUGGCCACCAUUCACUUGAUCACCGCAGAUGGGAGUUUUGAUUGCCAAGGAAAUCCAGGUGAACAAGAAACUUUAGUUUCUUCUUUGCAUUACUGUGAAGUUGUCACUGCUCUGACCACUCUUGGAAACGGCGGUUCUUUUGUCCUAAAGAUGUUUACUUUGUUUGAACAUUGUUCCAUAAACCUGAUGUACCUGCUAAACUGUUCCUUUGAACAAGUCCAUGUUUUCAAACCUGCUACUAGCAAGGCAGGAAACUCAGAAGUCUAUGUCGUGUGUCUCUGUUACAAGGGGAGAGAAGCCAUUCAUCCUCUCUUAUCUAGAAUGGUGCUGAAUUUUGGAACUGAAAUGACCAGAAAAGCUCUCUUUCCCCAUCAUGCGAUUCCUGAAUCUUUUCUUAAAAGUCAUGAAGAAUGUUGUGCAUUUUUUCAUAAAUACCAGCUAGAGACUAUUUCUGAGAAUAUCCGUCUAUUUGAAUGCAUGGGCAAAGAGGAACAAGCAAAACUGAAUAACUUAAGAAAUUGUGCUGUACAAUACUUUAUGCAAAAAUUCCAACUGAAGCCUCUUUGCAGAAAUAACUGGUUAGUAAAGAAAUCUAACAUUGGUUGUAGUACAAAUACAAAAUGGUUUGGGCAAAGGAACAAAUACUUUAAAACCUAUAAUGAAAGGAAGAUGCUGGAAACGCUUUCAUGGAAAGAUAAAAUAGCCAAAGGAUACUUUAAUAGUUGGGCUGAAGAACAUGCUGUGUACCUUCCUGGGCAAAACUCUCUUUUAGAAGGGACAGUGUCUAACCUUGAGUGCCACUUAUGGCAUAUUUUAGAAGGAAAGAAACUGCCAAAGGUCAUGUGUUCGCCUUUCUGUGAUGGUGAAAUUUUAAAGACUCUUAAUGAAGCAAUUGAAAAGUCCUUAGGAGAAGCUUUGAGUGUGAAUUCCAAGUUUAAGCCGAAACAGCAGUAUUGUUGUUCCUGUCACAUUUUUUCUGAAGAACUGAUAUUUUCUGAGUUGCUUAGCCUUACCAAGUGCCUUCAGGAAGAGCAGAUUAUAGAACCCAGUGACCAAAUAAAGUGCCUGCUUGUGGGUUUACCAACUCUCUGUGAUGUCAAAAUGCACGUACCUUUGGAUGUUCAGCUCUUGGAAUCAGCUGAACUCAUGACUUACAGCUGUUCGUUGCUUCAUGAUGGAGACCCAUCCUACCAGCAUUUGUUUUUAGACUGCCUUCUGCAUUCAUUACAGCAGCUUCAUACAGGGGAUAGUCUGAUCUUGCCUAUACUUUCUUGUUUAACAAGAUUUAUGGCUGGCUUGAUCUUUAUACUCCACAGUUGUUUUAGAUUUGUCACAUUUUCUUGUCCUACACACUCUGGGCCCCUGAGGACCUGUGCUGUUCUGCUAUGUGUUGGUUAUCAGAAUCUUCCAAAUCCAGUUUUUCAGUAUCUGCAGAAUGUGAAUGAGUUGUUGAGCACCUUGCUUAACUCUAAUGCGCCCCAACAGGUUCUACAGUUUGUGCCAAUGGAGGUGCUACUUAAGGGGGCACUGCUUGAUUUUUUGUGGGAUUUGAAUGCUGCCAUUGCUAAAAGACAUUUGCAUUUGAUUAUCCAAGUAGAGAGAGAACUCAUCAGCAACGUACAGUUAUGAAAUUGAACAUAUCCUUUCUAAGACCAGUUUUAUGACUUAAUAGUUUUCAGUGUUACCUUUUCUGUUUGUUUCAUACCUUUCAUUCUGGAAAAAGGAUGACUUUUGCAGCUUUUCAUUAAUUCUGAUCUCUAGGGUGCAUACACUCAUUCAUAGGCAUAAAAGUUCUUCCUGGGACAGACUCUAUUCAGCCCUUAAACAUGAGGGCUCCGUGUGCUUGCGUGGGUCCAUGCUUGCAUAUGUUCUUUGGUUGAAUUUAUCUGUUUAAGAUUUGCACCUUGUGCCUUCUCUUAGGGUUUUUUCCUGACAAAUUUCCUCUCAUUGACUAAUGCUGUUAAUUAAGUGGAAGAGGUCAUUUAUGAAAAGGAAGCGAGUUACUCCUUAGCAGUGAAAUUUACUUGAGCAUGCAGCAUGUCACAUAUUGCUUUCAGGGAACUCUUUGUACCAGGUUUCUUGAUAAGAUGUGCCAUUUGUUACUUUAGACCAUUGGACCAGUUUACUUGUAUGGUUCAGAUAAAACUAGUAUGCUCUUUUGUGAAGGUUUUCCUAAUUAUAACCAUCCAACUAAUAACAGGACAAUUUCAAACCAAAGAUCAUGUUUAAAACAAUGAAAAUUUAUAUCUGGUAACACUUCUGUAUCAUGAAAAGCUUCAUUUAGCAAUGUUGUGAUUUUUAACUUCCAGAAAACAACUACUGAAUGAAAAUAUUUUUAUUAGAUUUUAAGAUAUAAUUUAUAAUCUCAUAUGGGGCAAUUACAAAUGUGAUUGAUGUACAUAGUGAAUACUGAAAAAUUUGAUAUUUUCAAAAUGAUGGUUCAGCAGUUAAUUUUGUAAUCUUUAAUUUUUUAUCAGUAUAAAUAAAGCACUUU